UCUACGUCGGCUGGAGUCCCGCCGCCGCGGCGCUGUAGUCGCGGCGCCCCCGCCCCGUCCUCUGCCUGCCCGCCGGCCCGCACCGCCCCCCCCGGAGCCGGCCGGCCGGGCCCGGAGCCAGGCCCGAGUCCUCGCCAUGCCGGUCCGGCUGCUGCUGGCGCUGCUGCUGUCCGGCCUCGGGACUUUUGGAAGUCCCAGCACAGUGACGCUUCCCGAAACCUUGCUGUUUGUGUCAACCCUGGAUGGAAGCUUGCAUGCGGUCAGCAAGAGGACAGGCUCCAUCAAAUGGACUUUAAAAGAAGAUCCUGUUCUGCAGGUUCCAACGCAUGUGGAAGAGCCUGCCUUCCUCCCAGAUCCCAAUGACGGCAGCCUGUACACGCUUGGGAGCAAGAAUAAUGAAGGCCUGACGAAACUUCCCUUUACCAUCCCAGAGCUCGUACAGGCAUCCCCAUGCCGAAGUUCAGAUGGAAUUCUCUACAUGGGUAAAAAGCAGGACAUUUGGUAUGUAAUUGACCUCCUGACCGGGGAGAAGCAGCAGACUUUGUCAUCAGCCUUUGCAGACAGUCUCUGCCCAUCGACUUCUCUGCUGUAUCUCGGGCGAACAGAGUACACCAUCACCAUGUACGACACCAAAACCCGCGAGCUCCGGUGGAAUGCCACCUACUUCGACUAUGCGGCCUCGCUGCCAGAGGACGACGGGGACUACAAGAUGUCCCACUUUGUGUCCAAUGGCGAUGGGCUGGUGGUGACCGUGGACAGUGAAUCUGGCGACGUCCUGUGGAUCCAAAACUAUGCUUCCCCUGUGGUGGCCUUUUAUGUCUGGCAGCGGGAGGGUCUGAGGAAGGUGAUGCACAUCAACGUCGCGGUGGAGACCCUGCGCUACCUGACCUUCAUGUCUGGGGAGGUGGGCCGCAUCACCAAGUGGAAGUACCCGUUCCCCAAGGAGACGGAGGCCAAGAGCAAGCUGACGCCCACCCUGUAUGUCGGGAAAUACUCCACCAGCCUGUACGCCUCCCCCUCCAUGGUACAUGAGGGCGUCGCCGUUGUGCCCCGAGGCAGCACACUUCCUUUGCUGGAAGGUCCCCAGACUGACGGGGUCACCAUUGGGGACAAAGGGGAGUGUGUGAUCACGCCCAGCACAGACCUAAAGUUUGAGCCUGGGCUCAAAGGGAAGAACAAGCUCAACUACUUGAGGAACUACUGGCUUCUGAUAGGACACCAUGAAACCCCCCUGUCUGCGUCUACCAAGAUGCUGGAGAGAUUCCCCAAUAAUCUGCCCAAACAUCGGGAAAACGUGAUUCCUGCUGAUUCAGAGAAGAAGAGCUUUGAGGAAGUUAUCAACCUGGUUGAGCAGACUUCAGAAAACGCGCCCACCGCCGUUUCACAGGAUGUGGAGGAGAAGUUCGAGCACGCCCCUGCCAAGCCCGAGGCCCCCGUGGACUCUGUGCUCAAGGAUAUAGCCACCAUCAUCCUGAGCACCUUCCUGCUCAUCGGCUGGGUGGCCUUCAUCAUUACCUACCCCUUGAGCAUGCAUCAGCAGCAGCAGCUCCAGCACCAGCAGUUCCAGAAGGAACUGGAGAAAAUCCAGCUCCUGCAACAGCAGCAGCUGCCCUUCCAUCCCCCUGGAGACGUGGCUCCAGAUGCCGAGCUUCUGGACUCCUCCGGCCUGUACUCGGAGAGCUCGGGCACCAGCAGCCCCAGCACAUCCCCCAGAGCCUCCAACCACUCGCUCCACUCCAGUGGCUCUGCCUCCAGGGCUGGCACCAGCCCCUUCCUGGAGCAGGACGAUGAGGAUGAGGAAACCAGCAUGGUGAUCGUUGGGAAGAUCUCAUUCUGUCCCAAGGACGUGCUGGGCCAUGGAGCGGAAGGCACGAUUGUGUACCGGGGCAUGUUUGACAACCGCGACGUGGCCGUCAAGAGGAUCCUCCCUGAGUGUUUUAGUUUCGCGGACCGUGAGGUCCAGCUGCUUCGAGAAUCAGACGAGCACCCCAAUGUGAUUCGUUACUUCUGCACGGAGAGGGACCGGCAGUUCCAGUACAUUGCCAUCGAGCUGUGUGCGGCCACGCUGCAGGAGUACGUGGAGCAAAAGGACUUUGCCCACCUCGGCCUGGAGCCCAUCACCUUGCUGCAGCAGACCACCUCGGGCCUGGCCCAUCUGCACUCCCUCAACAUCGUUCACAGAGACCUGAAGCCCCACAACAUUCUCCUGUCCAUGCCCAACGCACAUGGCAGGAUCAAGGCCAUGAUCUCUGACUUUGGCCUCUGCAAGAAGCUGGCGGUGGGCAGGCACAGUUUCAGCCGCCGCUCGGGGGUGCCUGGCACAGAAGGCUGGAUCGCUCCAGAGAUGCUGAGCGAAGACUGUAAGGACAAUCCCACCUACACAGUGGACAUCUUCUCUGCCGGCUGUGUCUUUUACUAUGUGAUAUCUGAGGGCAGUCACCCUUUCGGCAAGUCCCUGCAGCGGCAAGCCAACAUCCUCCUGGGCGCCUACAGCCUCGACUGCUUACAUCCGGAGAAGCAUGAAGACGUCAUUGCCCGGGAGUUAAUCGAGAAGAUGAUUGCAAUGGACCCUCAGAAACGCCCAUCUGCGAAGCACGUGCUGAAGCACCCGUUCUUCUGGGGCCUGGAAAAGCAGCUCCAGUUCUUCCAGGACGUGAGUGACCGGAUAGAAAAGGAAUCCCUGGACGGCCCGAUAGUGAAGCAGCUGGAGCGAGGCGGGAGAGCCGUGGUGAAGACGGACUGGAGAGAGAACAUUACCGUCCCCCUGCAGACAGAUCUGCGUAAAUUCAGAACCUAUAAAGGUGGCUCCGUGCGAGACCUUCUCCGAGCCAUGAGAAACAAGAAGCACCACUACCGGGAGCUCCCCGCAGAGGUGCGGGAGACGCUGGGCUCUCUCCCUGACGACUUUGUGCGCUACUUCACAUCACGCUUCCCCCAUCUCCUCUCCCACACCUACCGGGCCAUGGAGCCCUGCAGCCACGAGAGGCUCUUCCAGCCCUACUAUUUCCACGAGCCCCCAGAGCUCCGGCCCCCAGUGACUCCAGACACCCUUUGAGCCAGGGUGGCCUCCGUUCUGGCGGCCCCAGCUGUGACGGAGGGCCUGGUCCCUACAAGUCCGAGCCUGAUGCCUCCCGGCUUAGCAAGGAGACCAGGCUGCCAAACCAAGUGCCUUGAGCUGUCCGUUCUGCAGCCAGCAGAAGAUGAUGCUCACCCCAGGAGGUGGGGAACGUGACCUCCUUUGACCUGUAGGAUGCUGGGAAGCUAUUGGCCAUGAAGGCUUUUCGUUCGGAGGUCCUCUGCCAAGGCGGGCCCGUCCCAGAGGCAGUGAAAGAGGCCUCCUCCACCUUCUCGUGGACACACGUGCUUCAGACUCGUACUUCUUUUUAAACUUCCUGUUUGAUAUCGGCCUGUGAGGAAGAAAGAGGAGGGAGUCUUACGUUUUGCCUACGUGCAGGACCAGGAGUAUCUCUCUCCUCGACCAGCUAGGCUGAGGCACACUCAGUGCAGCCUCUGCUCGGAGUGGGGCUCCAAGGUGAGCGGCGCUAAGGUGGAGGAAGACGUUUAGACGGUGUCGUUCGCAGGGAUCGGAGAUGCCUCACUCUUGAAUGUGCCCAAAGAACUCCCAGGUCACUAUAACCAGUGUUCCCUGGGGGCGACGAGAGUCUGGAGUGUGGGGCACGACAUGGGGCCGGGUCAGCACCACACACUGGAAGCUGAGGCCAUGUCUGCAGAGCUCUUAGAAAAGAAGACACACUCUGUCCCGAGUCCACUAUAACCCAGUGCCCUGGUGGCCUCUGGUGGAUUUGGGGGGCUGCUUAGGAGCAUUUGGGGGCAAGAGGUGGUAAGUUCCCUGUCACAAAGAGCAGCACUCAGGCAGGAGCAGGCCAAAUGGGACCCUCUCAGCCACCUGGGAGAGCCCUGGGCCAGCAGGUGGGCAGGGAGGCUCGCCCACCCCUGGAGCCAGCAGGACGGGCCAGGGGAGUGGAGCUGAGGCCAGGUCACCACGUGCUUCGUGGGCAGGUUUUUACGUUUCUCCUGGCAGAUUUUAAUAACUUUCUUUUUUGAUCAUACUGUAGAAUGAAUGCUGCAUUAGCAUAGGUGAGCUGAACCUGAAGUUUACUUGUGAAGAAGCUAAAAGCAAGAUCUAUAUAGUACACUUUCUAUUUUGUGUGGCACCAAAAGUCUCCAUCCCCUCCAGAAAGAGCGUUCACGUUCAGAACAUGCUCUGAUGCUGAAAAGUAGCACGUUAUAGCAAGGCUGUAUACGUCCAUUAACCGCUUUGCCGUGAUAUUCUCUGAAUUAUGUCAGUACCAUCUUUUUUGCUAAAACUAGUUUAAUUUUUAACUUUAGCUUCAGUCAAAAAUUCUUCUGUCUUCUCUCUACCGAGAGCCUUAGCAGUUACGUGUGAUCAGGGUACGAAAUAAGGAGAUGUCUCCUGGGUCCUUUGUCCAGCCGGGUGAGCGGAUCAUCACCCUUCAUUCAGUGCUGGCGAGCUCGGAGACUGCACUCAGGAGCAAGGGUGCGCUGACUGACUGAGACCUCACUGCUGCUUCUGUGACGUGCUUGCUGACGGUGGAUUUGUAUGGGGGCCUUCUGCCUUCGUAGAAUUCAGUUCCCUGCCUUUCAUAAUGCCUGAAGUCACUUUUUUUCUUAACUUGGCAUUAUCCUGCGUCUUUAAACCUUAUCACUUACCUCAUUUAUACCUUGGAACCCUGGCGUUUUGGUUGGCAUCGUGGCAUCUUCUGCCACACCACCUGUUUUUGAGGAACACAGCCAGACGCCUCUCUUCUCCCUGCUCUGAUGCACCCACACCGUUGUCGUUACGGCUCUGUGGUCGGUCUCUUCACAGCCGGGCCUGAGUAGCGAUGGUCCGUCAGGCGGUCAGGCAGAGAAGGUGCCGCAGUGGCAGAUGGGGCCGUCGGCUCUCUGUGCUGCCGGGAGCUGGCCUGCCUCGGUCUCGUGGCUGAACGGUGCCCUCGGGGGAGUAGCCAGGUCACUUCUGGCUGCCCAGGGUCUGUGUCCUGUCCCUGUCUGGGCCCACCUUGUCUCUAGGAUGGCUGUUUUUUAAAUGCCUUUUCUCUUUAUCACCUUCAUUUCUAACCACCCACCUUUCUCAAUCUCCUGUAUUCAAUGUAUUUUAUUUUGAGUAGUGGCUGUGAGAGCCAGGCAGGACCCUGGGUGCCAUGGAUGCAGAGAUAAACAAGAUAGGCAAGAGUUUUCAGAGCUUUUUAAAGAGCAUAGAGUGAGAGAGACAGCAGAAAGUAUGCACCAGUGCUACUGAAAAAGCCAGGGGGUGGGGAAGGGCAUGCAUUUGCUGUACACACUUCUUCGGUCUUAAAGCCACCCGUGACCCAGAACCCAUCGGAUCUGGUCAGGUCCGCUCUGUUGGCCUUCUGUCCAUCACUUCGCAGAAUCUGGUCACCCAUCAGUCCCUUGGGUGGUUUGAAGAGGCCUCACAUGGGCACUUGUCACGGAAACACCUUGGGCAUCAUCCACUAUAUUUUGUUCUAAUCUGUAGAAUUCUAGUUUCCUGUUGUGCUCAGAGCAGCAGGAAGGUGUCUUUUGCUAGAACAGGGUUUUUCAGCCUUAAGCAUCACAUAGCAGCUGAGCUCUUUGAUCUUUAGUAUGAUUUCUGAAAGGCUGUUUAACUUUUUAGAAGUACACUACUUUCCUUUUUUACGGCAGAAUUCAGUCGCAUCUGUUAGGAACCCCAGGGACACCUUUGUUAAAUCUUGUGUUGAACCUUGCGUCCAAUCUAUCUUUAGCGCACCUGCCAGAAUUUCUCCUGUUGCUUCUUGAGUCUUUUUGACUUCAGUGUAUAAAGAGCUCACACGUCACUAGGUUUCAGAGCACUUGCACUUUUGGGGAAUCAUUGGUGUUCUUGGUAAGUCACUAAAUCAUCUAGUGGCUGCCCUAAAAGCCGGGGUGCGGCAGCUUGUCCCUCCCCCUCCAUCUCCAUAGUCAUCCUAGGCUCUUUCCAGUGAGACCUCACUCUGACCCGUGACACCUAUUGGAGGAUCCGCAGGUUAGUGGGUCCAGCAAAGUAUUUUCUUUCUACCAACUUUAGAAGAAAGGUGUUUAUCUCAGAGUCAACUUUGGGUAAGGUUUUGUGUAAUGUGACUUGUUUACCAUUGCAGUUUUCCUCACUGCCGUGAAGGAUGACCUUGGCUGCCCAUCUGACCUCUUGCAGAUGUGGGGCACCUCUGGGUUGUAGGUCUUUCUCCUUUUGGCCGCUGUCUCUUCAGAAGUUGCCCUCUGGCCAGGCUUUGGUGUCCCUAGAUUGCUUUCAUUCUCCAGCCCUGUUCAGUAGAUCCUCAGCCGUGAGGUCCUCACGGAAGGUAGACUGGCUCUACCUCCACUGCUUUGCCCUGAGAGCUAGAAGAGGAAGCACACAGCACGCCUGUAAAGAGCCUCUCUAAAUUCCCUUUAGCUUUCUCUCUGCUCAUUUGGUUCCUGAAAUCCCUCUUCUUUGUAUAUGCCAGGGUCUUUUCCUUGCUGGUGCCUUCACCAUUCUGGAGCAGUCCUUUCUGUUGAGUAUGGCCUGGCAUUGGCCUUUCCUAGAAGAAAGUCACCAUGUGUCCCACACCGACAGGCCCACAUUCUGCCUUCCGAGGUUGGACCAUUAUCUUUGAAACCAAAGUGUCUCCUUUUCCCAUACUUUGUUUCCUUUGUGAAGCAGUGAUUUCCCAUGAGUAACCCAGCUUCCUGUUUCCUGUAUCAGCACGGAAAACCUUUCUGUAUUCAUUGGACAACCACAAAGAAAGCAUCUGCAACGAGCCCACCACUGGAGCGGCCUUAAUGCUUCCGGCCAAAGUCCCCACCCACUUGCCUCACCCUGUGCUCUGUGUGUGUUUGGCGGGGUACAGUAUUUCUUUUCAGUAUCCCAAAAGCUGUGACGGGGGAGUCCCCACUUACCUAGAAAGCAUUACCAGUCAACCAUGCGGCAUUCUCAGAUGCAGACCUUACAUAGUGUUCUUUUUGCAAUGACCUAUUUAUUUAACCUAUUUAUAUUUAUUUAAUUUUUACUCUGAAGUAUACCCAGUUACAAUUGCACUUGCUUUUAAAGCACAUCAGAUUUGUUUUGGACAACACACCCAUGACCAUUUCAAAACUGGAAAAGUUAUACUGUAUCCUUCCACAGGAUGGACGCCUCACGGUAGUUUUGUCAUUAAAGGGUGAAUGAUUUGGUCAGGGUAAAAAAUUUUCAUUUUUAAGUGAUUUUUUUUUUUAAGAAAAUUCUGUGCCAUUGUGUCUUCUCUGUGGACGGUUGUUUAAUGGGUAUGUGUUCGUUGUGUGAUAGAAUCCCUCUUUGUGAACCUACAAUCUUUUUAGCUUUAUAUUUUAUAAACUGCCAGAUUGUACAAUUUUUAUGUGUAUUUUUAAAGCUUCACGUGAGGGUGAUUAAGUUAAACAGCCUAUUUUUGUACCUCCUGUACAGUUUUAUAAUUCUGCUGAUUCAUGACGGCGUCUUCUGUUGCGCCAACCGACAAAUAAAGGUAGUUUUAGAUCUGGAA